AACUUGUGUUGUCAAAUAUCUGUGUUGGCAUUCUGUCAGAGCUCUCCACCUAGAGCCCAGGUUGGGGUGCAAGAGCACCAGUGCUGCUUCCUUGAGGGAUCAGGAAAAUGGGCAUUAAAGCAUUUCUCACAAGGCUGACUCUGAACUCUGGCUGGGGAAAGCAUCUGGCUCAUCUGAUAUCUCAAUAAGAUCACCUCCAAUGAUUUUGAAAGCAUAUUGAGUAAAAACUAAUCAAGAUAAAUAAGCCUUUGUCUGUAAGGACAGCCCCACAGAAUGUACAACUAUUCCUACACUUGUUCAAACCUACAAGCAGCUGAUUUUGGGCAUCCUCAUCUGGGAGACAAAAUAUAUGUGGAAAAGAGUUUGAAAUGCUGCCUCCAAGUCAAGUUAGCUGCUUGGAAAUGAACCCAGCUCUCUUGAAGCUCAGCAUGUUUCAGACACUGCGUGGUCCUUCUUGAUUGCAGCCUUGGAGUUGGGUAGCUUGUGAGCAGGGAAUUAAAUCAUCCAGCUGCACACAAAACCAUCUCAUGUCCAUGAAAUGGGGCUGGAUUUGGAUACUUGCAGGCAGAAGGCUUGUGCCACUUGAGAAAGCUUUAAUCCCUGUUUUUCAGUGCUGGAGUUAGUGACUUUUUAGUGAUUAUUGCUCAGCCACCUCACUGCUGCCAGGGUGUAUGGCACAUUGGAACACAAGGAGGAGAACGGACUCAAACUCCUCGUUGGAUUGGCCUCACUUGGAUUUGCUGAAUUACAACAGGACGUACAAGUACCUUUACCUGGAAGGAAAUGUCUCCUAUGUGGACUUCUACCUCCACCAGCCUUGGGUGGCUGCUGUUUUCAUCACCUCCUACCUGCUCAUCUUCCUCCUGUGCAUGGUGGGCAACGGGGGGGUUUGUUUCAUCGUGCUGUGGAGCAGGCACAUGCGCACGGUCACCAACCUGUUCAUCCUGAACCUGGCCGUCAGUGACUUGCUGGUGGGGCUCUUCUGCAUGCCCACCACCCUCCUGGACAACAUCAUUGCAGGGUGGCCCUUUGGGAGCCUGGUGUGCAAGAUGAGCGGGAUGGUCCAAGGCAUCUCUGUUUCUGCCUCUGUCUUCACUCUGGUUGCUAUUGCCAUGGACAGGUUCCGGUGCAUCGUGCACCCCUUCAAGCCGAAGCUGACCGUCCCCGCCGCCGUGGCCACCAUCGCGGUGAUCUGGGCGCUGGCCGUGGCCAUCAUGUGUCCCUCGGCGGCGCUGCUGCGGCUGCGGCAGGAGAAGCGCUUCCAGCUGCUCCUGGGCACGGGCAACGCCACCCGCCCGGUGUUCUGGUGCCGGGAGGAGUGGCCCGAGCCGGCCAUGAGGAAGGCCUACACCACGGUGCUCUUUGCCAACAUCUACCUGGCUCCGCUGGCGCUCAUCGCGCUCCUGUACGCCAGGAUCGGCGUUUCCCUGUGCCACGCCGCCGUGCCCGGGGCCGGGAAGCGCGGCCGGGAGCAGCAGCGGGGAGCGUGGAGGAGGAAGCGGAAAGCCAUCCACACGCUCGUCCUUGUCACCCUGCUCUUCGCCCUGUCCUGGCUUCCCCUGUGGAGCCUGAUGCUGCUGUCGGACUACGGCAGCCUGUCGGACGUGCAGCUGCGGUUGAUCAAUGUGUACAUCUAUCCCCUGGCUCACUGGCUGGCCUUCUCCAACAGCAGCGUCAACCCCAUCAUCUACGGCUUCUGCAACCGGAGCUUCCGCCGCGGCUUCCAGGCCGCGCUCCGGCUCCAGCUCUGCUCCAGGCCCGCCUGUGCCCAGCCAGCCCCGGGCCAGGCCGCCCUGCCCGCCGGCCCAGGAUCCCCCUCCCCACACAGCCAAGGGAGGAAACUGGGUCAAUAAGCAGCAGGAUUUGCUGAUGGAGGAGCUCAAAGGCAAUGGGAUGGAGUGAAAGGCACUGUGAUUCUGGCAAUCUCUCUGUUCCCCAUGGAACAGGGCUGCUUGAACCCUGUUUGUGGUCACAUUUCAUUCCUGUGAGGAAUCCCUCAUCCUGUAACUCUCAUGGACUGAAAUACUGCAGACCCAGUCUGGCACCCAGAGACCCCUGGAUUAUCUCAUGGUUGUGCUUCUUCCUGGACAUUGUGAACGCUGGGUCCUGCUCAAAUGACAAAAUUUAGCAUUUUCUGUCACAUUCCAUUAAUUCCCCUUGGUUGCUGUUAUUUCUGUCACGUCCAUUAUUAUUGCAGCUAGAGAAACAAGUGGAAAUGGAAAUUUGAGAAAUAAAGGAUAAAAAAAUUGGUUCA